AAUAGGCGCGGCAAGAUGCAUUUAGCAAGAGUGAAUACGCAGUAUAGUUGAUAACUUUAGAAGUGCACAACCGUGAUAUUUAAAGUUAUACCUGUUUAAUUUAACAUUUUAAGGGCUUUACCUGUUCGAUUCAAAGUGUUACAUCUUGAUAUGAAUGUUUUCAACAGGAUAAAUAUUUUAUUAUCAUUACUUUCAUAUUUUGUUAUACGCACAAGAUCCGAGGUAGUGACAUAUCAAUUGCGAAACAAUUGCGGCGGAUUAAUACAAGUAGGGGGUGGACCGGGCACUGGAGUAGAUGAGGGACUUAUUCAUUUCGAGUCAAAUGACGGUGGAAGAAUCGUUGAGCCAGGAUGUUCGGUGACCAUACAGCCGAUGGAAAGUGAACAAAAGUGGAACCAAGUGUCGUUUAAAAUCAUGAAGUAUCAAAAUUUCGACAAGUUAUGUUUUACGUUUAAGGAGAAACAUCCAUCUGGAAGAUUGGACAACAUUUACGAUGUCCCGGAUUGUCAUAGGAAUGCUUUAACAUUUGUCAAUAAGACAGAUGUCAUCGACCGAGGGACCGGCCUGUUUUUGGAACUGAGCCGGACAAUAAACGCUUCCCAUCAAAGUUACGACCCCAGUGCCAAAAUGCUUCUUUAUUUUAACGUGUUCAUAAACGGAGGUCUACAACAAGAUAGCUGCGAGAAAAAACACGGUCACCAUUGUUUAAAUGGUCGCUGUAUCCCCAGCACGAUCAAAUGUUCCAAGUAUAAUCCGUGCGGAGACGGAUCGAGCUGCGAUGAGAAGGAAGUCGCCACGGGCAACAUUGCCGUCGGAAUAGGCAUAGCGGCAGGGGCAGGUUGCAUCAUCAUCCUCUGUCUGUGCGUCAACGAAGGCUGCAAGCGGUAUAGGAACUGGAUGAUUCCCGGAGAUUUUGACAACCAAACUAACAUACAAUCAGUACAGACUGGUCGUUCCUUUAUCUUAUUUAUUGGAAGACACAUUUUCAUCUGAACGGGUUCCUUUGAGCGACCAAAUAGACGGAAACGCUGUCCCAGCAACACCAACAGCUCCGCCCGCCAAUGACUCUUAUAGCCCAACAACAAAUUGUCCCUCCGCUCCACCUCCGGCGUAUGCAUUUGUUGUGGAACAUAAUGAUAUGUUUGCCAUUAAGAAGUGAAAAUGAAUACCUGUACGCAUAUAAAUGGUUAUGAGUGACCAACGGUCGUCAGGGGUGCUCACGUGAUCGCAAAACCGGAAGCAGCAGCAAACAAACUAGUUUUCACUUUCUCCAACCAAGGGAUAUUAUACUGUUAAGACGCACAAUGAUAUAUCAGGCGUUAAGAAGUAGAAAUGCGGUAAAAAGCAUGAACUUUUAAACUGCAUUAUAGUUUUUCGUUCAUUCGUAUUUAUUGUUGAGGUGCUUUGUGUACUUGUGAAUGCGCUAAUUUAUAUUCGAUUGACACGACAUGUACAUCAAAUUGCAUGUUGAAUAAAAUGUAAAAACAA